AUGAAAAACAAAAACCCAAACGUGACAGAGGAGAUCCCCCUGAACCUGCCGUGCUCCGUCACCCUGCAGCCAGGACCAGAGGACACUGGGAAGGCCUGCGGAGUCGACUUCGAGGUGAAAGCUUUCUGCGCUGAAAACGUGGAGGAAAAGAUCCACAAAAGGAACUCGGUGCGUCUGGUGAUCAGGAAGGUGCAGUACGCUCCGGAGAAACCGGGUCCUCAGCCCACAGCCGAGACCACCAGACAGUUUCUGAUGUCAGACAAACCUCUGCACCUGGAGGCCUCUCUGGACAAGGAGAUUUAUUACCACGGGGAGCCCAUCAGCGUCAACGUUCACGUCACCAACAACACCAAUAAGACGGUGAAGAAGAUGAAGAUCUCAGUGCGACAAUAUGCAGACAUCUGCCUCUUCAACACGGCUCAGUACAAAUGUCCAGUGGCCGUCGAGGAGUCAGAUGACGUCGUUGCGCCCAGCUCGACCUUCUGCAAGGUCUUCACCCUCACUCCCUUCCUGGCCAACAACCGGGAGAAGCGAGGCCUCGCCCUGGAUGGAAAACUGAAGCACGAGGACACCAACCUGGCCUCGAGCACGCUCCUGAGAGAAGGAGCCAACAGGGAGAUCCUCGGAAUCAUCGUGUCUUACAAAGUGAAAGUGAAGCUGGUCGUGUCACGAGGCGGGCUCCUCGGAGAUCUGGCUGCCAGUGACGUCUCUGUUGAGCUGCCUUUCACAUUAAUGCACCCAAAACCACCGGAGGAAUCCUUCUACCGAGACCCUCCAGAUGAAGCUCCGAUCGACACAAACCUGAUUGAGUUUGACACAAAUGAUGAUGACAUCAUUUUUGAAGACUUCGCCCGCCAGCGGCUGAUCGGAGCAAAAGACGAGAAGGAGGAGGAUGAGGAACCAGUGGAUUCGCCUCAACUGAACGACAGAUAAAAGUGAAGGGCCUCGCCGCCGUCGCUGCUGUCGUUUAGCUGCUGUUAGUAGUGUGGAGAUGGCAGAAGUUCACCUGUGGUUCGAACCACAGCCGGGACACCCUUC